GCUCGCUCGCUCGCGCUUGUGCAUGGCUCCUGCCUCGCGCGCGCUGGGAACGAGAUGAACUUUUCCGGAGUUUUCCGGAGUUUUUUAGUCGCUGAGGGCGGAGGAAUAAACUUUUUUUGUUUUAAUUAAAUUUUUACGGACAGGUUUUCAGAAGUGCAUUAGGAGGAUGAGGAUGAAGAUGAUUUUGGCGAUCCUGGUCGCGUGUUGGUGCACGAGCGCAGCUGCGCAGUACUCCAGUGACCAGUGCAGCUGGAGAGGAAGCGGUCUGACUCACGAGUCUCACGCCCGGGAUGUGGAGCAGGUCUAUCUGCGCUGCUCUGAAGGUUCUCUGGAGUGGCUUUACCCCACCGGUGCCAUCAUCGUGAACCUCAGACCCAACACGUUUCCUGAAGCGGGUGCUGACUCAAAGCUGAGUGCCUGCGUGAAGCCUCGGGCCGAUUCCCGCGGAGCCAGCGUGUUCGUGGAGCGAGCGGGAGUGAUGCGCAUGCUGCUGAGUGAGGAAGAGCAGGCGGCCGGCCAAGUCCGCUGCUUUAGCCUCGGCGAGGGAGCGCUGUUCGUUCAGGCCUCCACACACUCAGACAUCAGCAAGAGAGUCACAGCGUUUCAGUAUGAGCUGAUCAGAGGAGACAGAGACACAGCAGGAGACACGCUUUCACCCACAGCUCCGUGUACACCCUGCACUGAUGAUGAGAUUCUCAUGGCCGUCUGCACCAGUGACUUCGUGGUGAGGGGCAGCAUCGAGUCCAUCAGGGACGGAGGUGAUGAAGAACAGCAGACGUCGAUGUUGGUGUCAGUGAGUCGUCUGUAUCGCCAAAAGCGGCGUGUUUUUGAGGGACGAGGGCGCAACCGGUGGUCGGGACGUGUAAUGGUCCCAUGGAGUUGCGGCAUCCAGCUGGGGCAGGGACCAGAUUCAGGGCUUGAGGAGUUUCUGUUCACAGGAGCCGUGAGGUUUGGCGAGGCGUGGCUCGGAUGCGCUCCUCGAUAUCAUGACUUUCUGCUGAUGUACCAGGCUGCCGUGGAAUCAGGAAGUAACCCCUGCCAUAUGGACAUGAACUGAGAACACCGACAGGAUCACGUCAGUUUUGUGGUAAAAAAAAAAAAAAUCAAAAUGUAUGGUCUUUAGUUCCUGCAAAGAUGUCUUUUUUGGGGUUGUAUAAACAGCACAGUGUGUGUUUGUAAGUGUUGCAGAGCUUAGGACAUAAAGAUCCCAAGCCUGAGACUGAGUGUAUGAUGAGAGCUUUUCCACUGGACAGUGUAUUAUUGGUACAGCUUGAUUCUGCAUGUUGCCCCAUUCCAAAUUUUGUGCCAAGUGAAUAGAACCAUAACUUAAGACCCAAUUUCAGUUUCUCGAGAAGGUAUCAAUUGAACGUCUAUUAUCAUGAAGAUUAUCAUAAGUAUUGACCCCCUGGCAGUCUCAUGAUCAAUACUUCACCUGGUGAGUCUUAUGAAUGACAUCAUUACACACAGCUGAGCUGAAUUCAUUGUAAUAUUAUAUCACUCACGGUGCCUCCUGGUGGUCCAGUGGCAGGAUCCCGUGCUCUCAUUGCCAUGGCCUGGGUUUGAUUCCCGGGCAGGGCACUAACCCAGCCACUGAAGAGUUAACUCUCAGUUCCGGUCCCAAGUCUGGAUAAAAUGGGAGGGUUGCAUCAGGAAGGGCAUCCGGCAUAAAGCCUGUGCCAAAGUGAAAUGUGCAGACCAACUGAUCCGCUGUGGCGACCCCAAACAGGGAGCCAAAACAACAACAACAUUAUAUUAAUCACAUAGGUCAUAAUAUAGCUACAGCUGGAUGAGUCUGGAUGAACAAAUAUAACAACUCAUAACCACAGUAUUUCACUGUAGGAAGUCCAUCAUAUAACAGCACUGAGAAAAUCUGAGAGAAGUUGCAGUGAUUAAUUUUCAGGUGAAAUGUAUAAAUAAGGAACCAUGUACACUUAAACUCUAUAAACUAAUAGGACCCAUAAUUGAGCCCUUAGGUACACCACAAAUUGUUUAAUAAUAUAUUAAUCAAGCUAAUUAUUACUCACCACAACCUCUGGAGAAACUCCUACUCACAAGGCUACCAUUACACAGACAUGAUAUGUAGCCUUCGGUUAGAGCUGUACCAUGCCACGUUGUUCGGAGGAAAAGGGUGUGUGUGUGUGUGAGACCUCUUAUACAUGUGUACACCUAGGCUGUCAUAACAAUACUUCCUGUACAAAUCCAACUAGGUCAGGAUUUCCCUGGUGAAAUUCCAAAUUCCUUAUCCUUCACGACUGAAAAGUGUAAAUGAUCUUAAAGAACAUAUCCUAAAAUAUGAUGCAUCAGACAACUUGUACAUUUUUAAACAGUUUGUGAUGGUGGACGUGACCCUAAUGUCAUGUUUGAUAUUUCAUUUAAAAGCAGUUGGUGAAAAAUGUGGUGAUAUUUGAGGAUGUUUGUGUUUUUUUAUGUCAGUCUUGUUGUACCCUGAGAGGACUUUUGUUGCUGCUUUUGUUAGAAAGCUUUCUGUAUAGUUCAGUCGAUUCUCCUGACUGAGUUUUAAGUUCUUUAUCGUUUGUGCAUAUUGGUGUGUGUGUGUAAAAUUGUACAGUUUUUUGUUUUCUCUCAGGCAGUGUGAAUAAAAUGC